AUGGGAUUUUUUAGAAAAUUUGCAGAUAUCGGAAAGUUUCUUGGUAAGCAAGCCCAAGUAAAGGCAAAGAAACCAUUGCAGCAAUACAGGGCUAUAGAAAGGGCACAAAAAGUUAUUGAAGAACAUAAAACCAAUCCUAAACGAGCACCCAUGAAUUUACCAAACAGAAAAUUUACAGAAGAGGAAAUUGAAAGUUCAAAGAAAUAUUUAAAAGCUACUUUAGAAGUUGACGACAAGUUUAUUUCAAAACUAUCCCAAGUUAAAGUUACUUCGGAUGAUUCAGAUAUUUCCAAGUUUACUUCUGAUCAACACAGCCAUGAGAGACCUAAAGAGUUGACAGAAAAAUUACCAAUAAAAGGGAAAUUUCCCUUCCAGUCAAAUGAACCAACUGAAAUACCAAGAGGUUUGGCCGAAAUACAAACAUUGGUAGAUAUUCUUCAUAACCAUAAACUUGACCCAAAUGAUUGGACAGCUGAAGUUUUAUCUGAAAAAUUUAAGUUGCGAACAUCUGACGUUGCGGGUCUUUUAAAAUAUUCUGCUUUAAUUGAUCCACAAGACAAGGGAAAACUGUAA